AUACAGGAUAAUGAGUUUGAGCUGGUGUUUGUGGUAGCUUAUCAGAAGAUGUUACCAUUACUUUACCUUGACAAACUACUAGAUGAACUACAGAUGAGGUUUCGGGAUAUGUUUGCUGAAGACCUGAAGGCCGAAAGUUUUUUCAUCGAUUUCUCUUCAUUUGACGCCGAGUACAGCAAAACUAUCAAACUUAUUGAGUGUGAGGCCCGUGUUGAAGAGGAAGCUAAGAAGAAACCCCGGUCCUAUGCUGAAUCUGACAAGUCGAGUAAAUCUGUUGCUUCCAUGAUUAAGACGAGUAAACAUGAACUAGGUCCUGGGAACAAGAAGUCGCAGAAAAAGCAGCAGAAGGAGGAGAUGAAGAUGAAGGAGGAGGAGGAGGAGGAAGAGUAUGAGGAGGAGGAAGAAGAUGAGGAAGGACUUACCCCGGAGGAACUGGAACAAGAGCUCAUAAGGAAGAAUCGUGAAAAGUUCAUUUCGUCUGGUGGCAAGAAAGCCCCUAAAACCCCUAAUCCCAAGAGUCCUAAAACACCCAAAGCUGGGAAGAAGAGUACAACUUGGGACCCGGUGAUGUUUGGUGGACAGGUGAAGGAUAUUAAGAGCUUGGAAAGAACUAGAGACAAACCUGGUUCUCAUGUCGAGACUGUAGAUCAAGCUGAUAUGCUUGCUGUUGGUAAAUCAGCUGUUCUCCAGAACCUCGAGGUUGAAUCUGAGGACGAGGAUGAGUCUGGUAGCAAGGGUGCUGGAAAGGGAAUGUUCUCAAUUUUCAAAGGAUUGGUUGGAAGCAAAGCUCUCACUAAAGAGGAUCUUGAACCUGUAAUCAGUAAACUCAGGGAUAAUCUCAUUGAUAAGAAUGUUGCAUCUGAAGUUGCAAAUAAGCUCUGCGAAUCUGUUUCAAUUAGGCUGGAAGGUAAAUUGAAAUUUUUAGAGAAUAAGUUCCGAGUUCUGAUUGCUGCUUGCGAUACUUUUAGAGCCGGAGCUGUAGAGCAGCUUAGAACUCAUACUAGGAGGUUGAACUCGAUGCAUCCUCCUGUGGAUAACAAUGGAAGGGAAAUGGUUCAGCUCUAUGAGAAAGGAUAUGGAAAGGAUGCUGCUGGAAUAGCAAUGGAGGCUAUCAAUUAUGCACGUGAUAUGAAGAUGGAUGUUGUUCUGGUCGAUACAGCGGGUAGAAUGCAGGACAAUGAGCCCCUGAUGAGGUCCCUGACGAAGCUGAUCUCCGUGAAUGCCCCUGACCUAGUCCUGUUUGUGGGGGAGGCCCUUGUGGGAAAUGAAGCUAUUGAUCAGCUCGUCAAAUUCAACGCGGCACUAGCCGACCAUUCGCAUCAGGAGAAUCCACAUACCAUUGAUGGAAUAGUGCUCACUAAGUUUGACACGAUUGACGACAAGGUUGGGUCAGCUAUUUCUAUGACCUAUAUCUCUGGUCAACCGAUUGUAUUCGUCGGGACCGGACAAACAUACACUGACCUCAAGAGUCUCAACGCUAAGGCUGUGGUUAGUGCUUUGAUGAAGUAGACUGGAAGAAUAUUACGAAUGUCGUCUUUUUAUACUAUAUCAUAAUGGUGAUUGGUGGUGUCUUCAUUUUUGUUAUGUGCUGUUGUUAAAAUAACAUAAACUCUAAAUUUA